CCAAUUUAAAAAUCAAUUUCCUAAGUCUGAUAAAGACAAUUUGAAUUCUCGUUUAGCCGUGUGGCCGGUAGAAAAUGGUUGUGCUUCAUUUUAUGAUAAUAGCAAUAAUUUUUGGAACUAUAGUCUCUUCUCUCAGUCCAAAAGAGUUUCCUUUCCUGAAGACUGAGAUAAACGACGAGAAGCAUGCCACGGCUUUCAACAAGCUGCUCAAUUCCAUCGUUAAGACCAACCGGAAACGGCUGGACUCCAUCAACAAGUUGACCAAAUUGCAGGCCAUGGAUGUAUUCCCUUCGUUGCAAGACACACUCCGGACCUCGUCGCGUAGGGACAGCGACGAGUCGAGCAGCGAGAGCGAUGAGAAGAACAUCAUCUAUCUAGUUAUACCAGACACAUAUUCAAUACCCAACGCGUCACAAUACACCCAACGAGUUGAACCCGCACCAACAACCGAACAGCCAAAGCCAUAUAAACCACCAGUGAGAUCACAUCCACUGUCACAAGACAUACCUACACUUCAAGAUUAUUCCAAUCUAAAAAACUCGAACCCUGGUCCAUCUUCAAACCCCUCAAUACAAACUAUAAGUAAAGACGGUUUAGAUGCUCUACGGGUAAGUAUAGAAAGAUCGUGUAAAAAUAAAGAGGUAAAGAGAUGCGUGAACGCGUGUCAAGAGGCGGUGAAAAGCGCGUGUGCGGAAUAUGAGUGUAAAAAGAAGUUGAAAAAGAAACUAAAGAAGACUUGUAAGAAGGAGUGUAAAGAGGAGUUCAAAAGCGGGUGGUAA